AUGUGGGUUUUUGCUGUGAUUAUCCUCUCGGUGUGUGAAACAUGGAGUCUGGACACAGUUGACAGAAAUGCUACUUUUAAUCUGGGGAGUGAUGUUAACCUGACAUGCAGCAAUAAUGUACCCUGGAGUGAAGUUCUAUAUGUAGUCUGGGAAAUUCACUUGAAAUACAAAGAUUGCAGAAUCGCCCAGGUCAAUGAUGGUACGAGUGAAAACUCCUGCUUCGAUGGCAAGUCUCUCCAAAACACAUCCAGAGCUCAGUCGUACCUACAUAUCCCAAAUUUCUCAAAUGAUGAUGUGGGGGUCUACAAGUGUGAGAUGGCUUACACAGGAGGAGCUGAAGCCUAUAUUAUCAAUGUGGCUAUCACAGUUCCUCCCAGUACAUCAGCCUGGUUGGAGUGGAAGGACAAUAAGAUGGUGGCUGUAUGCAAAGCUCAAGGAGAACAACCUGCAGCCAACAUCAGCUGGAGCCACACAGGAAUACCAAUAUCUUUUACAACCUGGCCUGGCUCAGAUGGACUAAUCACAGUGGAAAGUCGCAUGGAACUCCCUGAGAACAUGGAUACAAAAAACCUGAACUGCACAAUCACACACCCAUACUGGGAAAGGAUCACUCUGGUAACAAAACCCAUAGAAGGUCAGCUCAGAGAAGAUGUUUCACCUAUGUUUUAA